GCUGCCACCAGAUGGCCAUGACCAUGACGUCACGAGUAAACAAAUGUUCUUUCUGAACUACUGCUGUGAGAAGAGGAAGGUGCAAUGACACUUGUUCACCUUUGCAUGUUUUGCGAGUUCUCGUAGAGCUGGUGAUGGGUAUGGAUGAUUGCUGGAGAAAAAGAUUACGGUCCUGCCAGCGAGUGCCUGUGCUCAAGUGAUGGUGUUGUUACCCUCCCAUACUGCCUAUGGACUUCUCACCAGACUUCAACAGUCACCACCUGGCAAGAAGUGGGAGCCAAUCUCGAAGCCUGUCUGUUUCUGAUCUUUCCCUCGCUUCAUUUGUUCCUGAGACUGUCAAUGAAGCCAUUAUCAAUGGAACAUAUGAUAGAAAUCUCAAUAAAGAAACUGCAAUCAACAGAAACCAUGCUGGUGCCAUGGGUUGUUGGAAUGAAUUGCCGCGUAAGUCUUAUAGCCUUCCUCAUCGCUACAAGCCUCAUAUUAUGGGUGGAUGGCGUGGAUUAGGAGGAAUGGGAAGAGAUUGCACAAUGAGCCCUUCCGUCUCUCCUCCUUCUCCUUCAGAGUUCAAGCAACAGUUUACUCUUAUGCGUCAGUGGUUCAACAGCUUCACGGAUGAACAGAAAAAUCUUGUUUUAUCAGAACUUUUGGAACAUAUAGGACCUAGUCAGCUGCACUUGCUCUCUAUAGCCAUUGGGGGAAGACUGCAUCUUGGCUGUCCACCUAACUGUGAAGAUCCUGUUGGUUGGUUACCUCCUGGUCUGGCCCUUAUCAUUUUCUCUUAUCUAGACCCUGUCUCUUUGGCUCAGGCAUCUCAAGUUUGCAAAGCAUGGCACAACCUGGCUUCUCGAGAUUGUCUGUGGCGGAAUCUUUCUCUACAUCAAGAAUGGCAUCUCUCCCUCUCUUCACACAAUAAGCAGUUAAGCCGUUGUACUCGUGGUGAUGGCUCUGUUGAUUGGAAGCAGGUGUUUGUGGAGCGUUACAGACUACACCGUAACUGGCUUGGAGCUCAUUGUCAUGUCCGAACUUUUGAAGGUCACACAGAAGGUGUUUCUUGUGUUCAGUUUGAUGAUCAUCGAAUAGUUUCAGGUUCUCAUGAUAAUACUAUUAAGGUUUGGAAUAUGCGUACAAAUUCCCGCUGGUCAGUGCAAACUUUGGUUGGUCAUUCUGAUAUGGUCCGCUGCAUUCACUUGGCUGGCAAUCGUCUUGUUAGUGGCUCUGCUGAUGCUACCAUCAAAGUUUGGGAUGUAGAAGAGACCAGUCAGUGGUCAUCAAUUAAUUGUAAAGUGACAAUGAUUGGUCAUUCUUCAACCGUCCGAUGUCUCCAGGUUGAUGGUGAACGUGUGGUAAGUGGCAGCUAUGACCACCUGGUUAAGGUUUGGGCACUCUCUUCAGGUGAAUGUCAGCUUACUCUUGCUGGCCAUCAAGCUCCUGUACUCACAGUUGCCUUUGAUGAAGAUAAGAUAAUUUCUGGUGCAGCUGAUAAAACCAUUAAGGUUUGGCAGCUAAGUUCUGGUCAGUGCCAAAAAACAUUAACUGGUCAUGAAGAUGCUGUAACUACCCUAACAUUCGAUGAGACUACCAUUAUCUCUGGAUCUCUUGACUGUACGAUACGUUUGUGGUGCCUCUCUUCAGGCCAGUGUGUAGGAGUCCUUGACUGGAUGUCCAGUGAGGGCCAUACAGGUGUGAUAAGAUGCCUGGCAGCCGACUCCUGGCGGAUUGUUAGUGCUUCCGAUGAUAAAACAAUCAAGGUUUGGGACCGUGAGUCUCUACGCAGACUAGUGACACUACGCAACCACACCGAUGGGGUCACCUGCCUCGCAUUCAACGAUUACGUGAUUGUUAGUGGCUCUUAUGACAAGACUGUUAAGUUGUGGGAUUUCAGUGUAUGUUAACUGCCUUUAUUUUUUAUUUAAGCUAUUAGAGAUUUACACUAUAUGGUGAAUAACUUAAGAAUACCAUGAAAAUUCUGUUGCUGGAAUAAACAGAACUCUAGGUUAGUUUAAUUUAUUCAAGUGUGCAAAUGGAUUUCCAUUAAGGUGCCUCGUAACUUCAUUUAGUAAUGAGUGGCAAGUUGACUGAGAUUAUUGCAGUGGCAAAGUUUGCAGAACCUAUUGUGAAGGUAAAAUUUUUAAUAUUGUUGCUGUCAGGAUGGAAAUUUGUGUUUGUGGUAUUUAAAUGCUUAAACACUUGCACUUUGUUAUGAGUUCUGUAUGACAGUUGAGAUAGUUGAGUUGUAAUAUGUCAUGCAUGUUAACAUAUAUUUUCUACAUACAGUGAUACAAGUUUGCAAACUUUGUUAUUUAAGUGCAGAGUUGCAGCUCAAGGUAUGAUUAGUUGAAGUACAGUAAUACAUAUAUAUAUAUACAACUAAAGGUUUUUGCACUUGGUUUAGUGUAGAAGCAUGAUUUAUAGCUUACUCUUCAGAAAGUAAGAGCUCAGACUGUAGGCUGGCCCUAUAAAGGAGCCUUAUGUAAACAAUUUAGUCUCUUUAAAUUUUUAACUAUCAGUACUUCCGUAAAAAUGGGCUUUCAGAAGUUUACAGUUAGUAAGAACUUCAAAGGUGCACCUUUGUAUAUGAAAGUUCUCAAAAAUACUUUGUCUUGUGCUUUUAGAAAUUCUUUCGUGAAGUUGGUCUCCAUCCAUUCUUAUCUAUACAGUACUUAAAGAGGAACUAUUCUUAUUAUCUCUAGACUGCAUGGUUUCUUCUAAACUGCUGUAUGUGAUAACCUUCGGUUGACUAUUUAAUUGGUUAGCCUUUGUUAGAAAUAACUUAAUAGACCUUAUGAUCUAUUGCCCUUGAUUAGCUGGUUUUUGCUUCAUUACAGCUCAUACCUCUUCUUCUCCUUGCAGGAAUAGUUCUUAGUUUUAAUAAUAAAUACCUUUACCAAGAACAAGAUUGCUGUUACAUAAAAGAAUUAGUUGGUCUUUUAAGUAUUUUUUUUUUUUGUAAUUUAAUAUGGACAACAGUGAAUUUUAAUGGUCCACAAGUAAAUUUAGUCUAGUAUUUGCUGUUAUCUCAUAACAAAAACUGGAAAUUAUACAGUAAAGUUAAACAUGCUAUUCAUCUUUGUAUUUUAACAAAAGUGAAGGUUAUCACAAUAUGAGUUGAGGGUCUACAAAAUUUUUUUUUCUUAACUCCCCCUUCCAAGGAUUCUAAGUUCUUUAAAAAUUAAUACUAAUAUUUUCUGUUUCAUUAAAUGCACACAUAUAUAUACGUAUAUUUAUCUGUUCACCAUUUGUUAGUUUAGUCCUUACUAUGACACUUACAAUGUUGUCAAAUGCCAAUAUUAGAUUUAAAUUG